CGCACCCCCGACGGGGCCGCGGCGGGCGCGGCGAGGGCGCCGGCGGAGCCAUGAGAGAGUACAAGGUGGUGGUGCUGGGCUCGGGCGGCGUGGGCAAGUCGGCGCUCACCGUGCAGUUCGUGACCGGCUCCUUCAUCGAGAAGUACGACCCCACCAUCGAGGACUUCUACCGCAAGGAGAUCGAGGUGGACUCGUCGCCGUCGGUGCUCGAGAUCCUGGACACGGCGGGCACCGAGCAGUUCGCGUCCAUGCGGGACCUGUACAUCAAGAACGGCCAGGGCUUCAUCCUCGUCUACAGCCUGGUCAACCAGCAGAGCUUCCAGGACAUCAAGCCCAUGCGGGACCAGAUCAUCCGCGUCAAGCGGUACGAGCGCGUGCCCAUGAUCCUGGUGGGCAACAAGGUGGACCUGGAGGGCGAGCGCGAGGUGUCGUACGGCGAGGGCAAGGCCCUGGCCGAGGAGUGGAGCUGCCCCUUCAUGGAGACGUCGGCCAAAAACAAAGCCUCGGUGGACGAGCUGUUCGCGGAGAUCGUGCGGCAGAUGAACUACGCGGCGCAGCCCAACGGCGACGAGGGCUGCUGCUCGGCCUGCGUGAUCCUCUGAGCCGCCCGCGCCCGCCCCCGCGGGGGGGAUGCGCUGCGCCCGCGCCGACCUCGGGG